CGUCAGUAUUCAUGGGCUGCUUGUAAAUAGCAGAAGAGGAGGGAAGUGUUUGCUUACAUUGAGCUUGGCUGAAAGAUUCAAGUAGCAAGAAGGAGUGAUGCUGCUCAGUAUAAACCAGAGAAUAUGGAAACGGGGUAAGAGCUGCUUUUUUUGGCAUUUUCAUUUGGGAUUACAGAAGGGAAGGGAGAGGCUUCUACCUGAAUCUCAUUAACAAUGGAGCUGUACAGGAGUUGCCUAACCACAGAAUACGGAUUCACUAAUGGAACUUUGGCUCCAAGGACAGUUGGCAGAAAUGGCUCUGACUUCUCUGUGCAAUAAAGUUAUUGAAAUGGCAGUCUCAAUUGGAUGCAAGGACAAGUUAUCUAAUAGAGAAACUGCUUGGAGACACAUCCUUAAACAUUCUCAAAGAUCCUGAAGUAGAGUUCAGAGGGAUUUGGCUCAAGGGCAUAUUUAUUUUUACCUUUCUAGAUGCCUGGUGCCCUUGAAAUUAUUUGGGCAAAAACUGAACGCAGAGGCUUGUUAAACUGGUACCAAGCCUUAACAUGGCAUGCUGAACAGUAGCUGCAUGUGAUUUUUUCACCUGAAUGUUGUUUUUUCUGCAAUGUACACAAAUUGUUUUAGAAGAUUUUUUAAGUCUCUAAAAGGGGCCAUCUGAUUUUAGCAAUCCAUUCAACUGCCAGCUGUUCAGAUUACAACAUUCCAUGAAAGACCAUGCUCAGUGUGAAUUUUAUUUUGGCAGCCUGGAUUGAUCUUGCUGGCAGGAAAGAGUGAAUUCCAUUGUUUCAUGAUGAGCGUGCCGACAUUAACUCUAUUUAUUUGGAAACUCCUGGGGAAGCUGUUGGUAUUGUUUGAACUGGGUGUUCAAGUUAGCAUCUUAAGCAAUGCUUCCACUUUCACAAGAUGCCCUGAAGUCUGUAUCUGUACUGCUGAUCUCCUGAGUUGUACCAGGAAAAACCUUUGGCAUGUCCCUGUCACAUUGCCUCCUACAGCUACCACCUUGGAUCUCAGCCACAAUGCUAUUGUUCAGCUUCAUGAUUAUUGGCUGACUACUUUACCACGUCUUGAAACCUUUAGGAUUAGCCACAACAAAAUAAAAAACAUCACCCAACAGGUGUUUCGCAAUGCUACUUACCUUGUGCAUCUGGAUAUGUCCUCCAACCAUCUGCAAACUGUGGAAAAGUACUACUUUGAAGACCUUGUGAACUUGAAAGAGCUUCUGCUCUACAAUAACAAGAUUGUGCAAGUAGAUGAAAAUGCUUUUGUCACACUAAUCAAUUUGCAAAAGAUCUAUCUAAGUUGGAAUAGGAUAACUAAAUUUCCAUUUGAGUCUAUUCAAAGACUUGAACAUCCUUAUCUAAGGACCCUUGAUCUUUCUGCCAACAACCUAAGCAGUAUUCCUGUUCAGGUAAUAGCAACCUUGCCUAAGUACAUUAAAAAUGGCUUAUAUCUUCACAACAACCCUGUGAAAUGUGACUGCUCUCUCCAGGAGAUGCUCCAGGAAUGGAAACAUCGUGGUUUCAGUUCUGUGCAAGAUUUCAUAGAGGAGCAUACUUGUAAAGCCUACCCCAAUAUGUUCUCCUUAAUUAAGACCUUCAAUUACAAUAAGUAUUUUAAAGUUUGCUCUUGGAACCAAAGGAAAUUUGGCAUUCCAGAAGUGCUGUGCAGAGUGGGAGAAUCCUUCAUAAUAGACUGCAACACAAGCUUCCAUAAGGACAACACCACCACUUACAGGUGGAUCUCCCCACACCAUGAAUUAUUCAUGUAUCCUGAGCACAGUGAUCAGACACAUCAACCUUUAAAAAAUGGAAGCUUAAAGAUCAUAAAUGCCAAUCGGUUGUAUUCAGGUAUUUAUGAGUGCAUAGCAAUCAGUGAGCUCCAAAAGAUCAAUGAAACAUAUGAAGUUAAUGUCACAGUCCACCACCCCAAAUUAGUGGAGUCUUUCAGUACUAGCCUCACAACCCUCCUAGGGUGUGUUGUAAGCUUGGUAUUAGUGCUGAUGUACCUGUACCUUACACCAUGCUGUUGCUCUAAAUGCUGCAGGAAGCCUAUAAGUCCCCCUCAAGACUGCAGUGCCCAAUCGUCUAUUCUCAGUGCCACUCCACCGGCCACAGAUGGAACAAAUCGCAAGAUCAGUGCAAAUAAGCAUGUUGUUUUUCUAGAGCCUAUCAAGGAGAAUCAGAAUGGCAAGGUCAAGCUGGCUGUCACUGAAGACUUUGAUGCUAAAAAUUCCAAGUUCCUGCGACUUAAACUGGACUCAGAAUCUAUCAGUACAGCUUUUUCUAACCCCAUCAUGUCACCAGCAGAUGCAUAGCAAACCAACUCCACAAAGUCUUUCUGGGUGGAUGGUUGGAAUGAAAAAAAAUCCUGUUUCCAUCCUAAGAGAGAAGACAAGAUAUAUUUAUGAAGGAUUUCCUCACCAAAAUCUACAGAGGAUUUUUAAAAAUCUCCCUUUGAUGGAAGAUGAUGAAUCUUACUCCUUCCAUUAUCUUCCCCACUAAUUCCUGCCCAAUUGCUCCAGUUCUCUUUGGUAUGGAAAAGAAAAGCAAUUUCUGUUAUGCAAGGAAAGGAAUAAUUGUUCUUUACACAUCCCAAAUGACUGCUGCAUGCUUCAUCCUCAAGACAACGUUCUAGAAGGGUAUCUUCUCCCAUUAGAAAGCUGCUGUGGAAUAUAAACUUGUGUCACGGCUUUGACCUUCAGAGAACAAACUUUUUACUAUAUAACAAGCCUGUUUUCAUUUCUGCAGAAGACGAAGUGCCUCAUAUUGCCACACAGAGACCCUUCCUUGCUUGCUUCCAAACUAUUCUAGCUAGGUACUGCUUCAGACAUCAAUUGUGGAAAUAAAUUCCUGAAUCCACCCUUUCCAUCAUCUGCAUUGCUUAAAAAAAGUCAGCUUGGGUAAAAAACUGAAGCAAUGUUCCCUUUAGAAAGGAAACAAGCACUGCCCCAGAUGACCAUACUUGGAUAUGUGCAGUUAGCCAAGUAAGUAAAAUUGAUUGUAUGCCUAGACCAUCUUAAUAAAUUGUUUUAUUUCACUGGAACUAAAUAUGCUGGCUGUAAUUUAAAAGUCCCAUGUUCUAGAUGUCUCUUUUAAUGAGUAAUAUUUUCCCAGUUGCAUUUCCAAUGCAACCAGGCAGUACCACAGCUAUGAAAAACAGAUUGGGUAUAUAUGCUUUUUUAUAAUUUCAGUGGCAAACAAAAACUUCUACCUGAAAAUAAUAUUUAGUUUACACUUAAAGGGCAAGCAUUCUCUUUGGAACUAGAGAUUCAAGAGAAUUAUAGUCAGACCAAGCAGGACACUAUUUUAGAGAAAGUGCUGAUGUUCUUUAUCUUCUUUUGUGCACAGUUAGACUAUGAUCGACACAAACAUUGCUCCUGAUUGCAUACAUUUUUACAUGUGUAAUGAAUCUUACGUAUACUACUGGCUACAGAAAUCUGCCUGAAUAACAAUUUGCAUUAUGCCUGGAAAGUACCUGAACUUGGACUGUCUUGAACCUCUAGAGGAAAGCCUUUUCAAAGUUGUGGUUUCUAAGGACAUUGUAUAUGAGCUUUCAAGAAUCGGGAUUGGAAUAUAGAGGGAACCACUAUCAAAACUGCUUUCAGUUGACACCAGUCUUUGUAAGGGGGAGCAAUGAACUUACAUCAGGCCCUAUGCAUGGGUUUCUCCAGGGAAAGCAAGGGAGGGGCAAAUGAUAACAUAUGUUAUGUUAUGAUAUGUGUUAUCAUUUGUGAUGCCACGAUUUGUGUCAGGCAUCCUGAUGCGAAUAUAUAAUUGCAGCAUUUGUGUGAUUACAUCAUUGCACAUGUGUCAUCAUUUUGGCUUCAUCACAGUUUGCUGUGUACACUGCUGGUAUUACAGUCUGGGAUAUGUAUAGACAUAUAUUAAUCCUUGCUGCUCUUUAAUGGGGAAAGCUCAUCUCUUGCUGCCUUC